AUGACAACAAAAGGAGCUGCAAAACCAGCAAAACCAACAGCUAAAACAACCUUGGGAAAAACAGCCGGAAAAACUGUAGGCAAAGGUGACAAACAAUUAACAAAUGUUUUAGAAAUUGUACCUGGUAGAUUCAAUGAAACAGAUUGGGUAUCAUUAUUAGAAAGUGAUGAUACAGAAAAUUUUAUUGCCGAUAUAUUUGAAAAUAUUUGGAAAGAUGCAUCACAACAAAUUCAACAAAUAUAUCUUCGUAGACAAUUAUUAUCAUUUACAUUAAUGAGAACAGAACAUGCAUUAUCAACUGUUGUUCAAUGGGCAUUUUUAGAAAGAGAUGAACCAAAACCAGCAAAUGGUGCUUUUUGGAUAGAUGAUGAUGAACCUAUAGCUUGUUCAAUGGAUAAUUGGGGUGAAGGUGUUGUACCUGCUUGUCGUGAAGAACGUCCUCAAGAUAUUGAGAUAAUAUCAAUACCAACUCCUGAACGUUCAUCUUCAGCUCCUAUAAAUAAACAAAUAUCAGAAAAUCUUGAUGAACUACAGAGACCUUCAACAGGUUCAACUAAUUCUGAUAAACAAAGUAGACAAUUACAUGAAACUGAUUCUAUUGAUCAAGAAAAUAAUAUAGAAGAAUUAUCAACUAAACAACCUACACGUCGAUUAUCUUUUCAAAGACAAGCAUCUAAUCAUGAUAUUCUAGUUAUUGAUACACGCCCACCUAAACUUGAACCAUUAUCUGAUUUAUUUCAACGAACAUCAACAGCUAUAACACCAAAACGUCGACGUAUGAAUGUACCAAAAUUAUCAUCUCAAUUUGGUUCUGAUACACUUCAUUCAAUGACAAAUAUAAGUGAAGUAACCGGAGCAACAAAAACUACCAAAAGAAGUGAAUCAAAAUUAUUCGAUGAUCAUCAUAUUGAAGAAAUGAUUUCUAAAGCACCAGCUGCUGCUCAUGCAAUGCUUAAAGGUAUUCUUAGUCGACCACCUGGAUAUCGAGAAUUAGAACUUAAUGAUGAAGGAAAUGUUGUUUCGAUGACUAAACUUGAUCCAGAUAAAUUUGCAACAAGAAGUGUUCGUCUUACAUGUGAUAUUGUUAAACCAAGACGAUCUAAACGUGAAAUAUUAUCACCAUCGAAACAAACACGGAAAAUGAAACUUUCUCGAUCUGAUCAAAAAUUUACUCCUGUGAAAAUUGUAAUGCCUGAACAAUCGACUGAAGUUGCUGAUCUUAUUCAUCCAGUACCAGGUGUAUUAUACCAUGAUUCCAAAUUAAAAAAAGGUGAUCCAAAACGAUAUCAAACUGGUAUGGCAAGAUAUAUAAAUUUUCAUGAUGAAGAUCGUCCAUUAAAACCAAUUGCUCAAAGUAGUGAUUAUGCAUUACUUCGAACAGCAAAUGAUUUAUUACGUAUAUCAAAAGAUUAUGAUAAUGAUAAUGAAGUAGAUUCAAAGAUCCCUAAAUUACAUCGUCUUGCACGAAUACCACCAAUUAUGUCAGCAUCAAGUACAUCCUCAACAUAA